CCCCCUCGCCGACUUGCCCAGCAUGUCUCUCUCCGGUCCUCGCACCUUCCUCACGCUCACGCCCCCGACCGCUUCGUCGGGCCGGCAGCCCUCGGGCGUCUCGCUGCACCCCUCCGCGCUCUUCACCAUCCUCGACCACUACCUGCGUCGCUCGUCCACCGCGGGCCCGCGCGUCAUCGGCACGCUGCUCGGCGUGCGCUCCAGCGGCAACGGCGCGGGCGAGCAGGAUGUCGAUGUGCGCGCGGCGUUUGCCGUGCCGCACAACGAGACGGAGGAGCAGGUGCAGGUCGACAUGGACUACCACCGCCAGAUGCUCGACCUGCAUCUCAAGGUGCAUCCGGAGGAGGUCAUCGUUGGCUGGUACGCGACAACGCCGACUCUCAACACAUACAGCGCCCUCAUCCACGACUUCUACGCACGGGAGUGCGGCGUCAACCCCGCGGUGCACCUGACGGUGGACACUGCGGUGGAGAAGGGAGAGGUGGGCGUCAAGGCUUACACUAGCUCGCCAUUGGGUCUCACUCCGAAAGCCGAGAACACUCUCUUCCAGCCUCUGCCCGUCUCUCUGCUCUCUUCCCCGUCCGAGCGGCCUGCUCUCUCCCUCCUCUCCUCCUCGGGCGGCGUGCAGCAAACGGACAUGGAAGCGCUGGCUUCUUCCUUGCGUUCCGUGCAGGCUCAGCUCGCGCGCGUGCUCGAGUACGUGCGCGCCGUGAUCAAGGGCGAGAUCAAGGGCGAUCCCGUCGUCGGACGCUUUGUGAUCGAUGCCGUCAACACGGUGCCGAUCUCGGCGAAGACGGAUGAGGAGGGUGCUACCGUGCUCGAGACGCUGUUCAACAGCCAUCUGCAGGACGUCCUCAUGGUCUCGUACCUCGCCAACGUCGUGCGCGCACAAGCAGAGGUGGCUUCGCGCCUCACGCUGCUGUCGUAGGGCGGUCUCGUGUGCUGAUGGGCGGGCGAUGUGCGCUGGAGAUGGCAGGUGGCGCGGGCGGGUUGCGCGGAGGAGACUUGGGUGGGGGAGCGAGGGCGCACGAUGAUGAUGAUGAUGCUCUCUCUUGCACGACGAGGGCAGCACACAAAAUUGCACAGAUUGCCUUGUCACGA